AUGCCAGCCGGAGCGCCUCUCGCUUCGCGGUGGGCAGAUGACACAGAAGCAGUGGCGACGGCUGUGAAACAGGAUAAAAAGCUAGUGGGCAAGCGAUUUGGAGGCGAGCCAACGUCGCGCGAGAGCCACAGUCGAGAGAGCGACAACACCCAGUUUUCGGACUCUGUGGAGGAAGUGAGCGACGACUCGGAUUGGGAGACCGUCCCUGUGUCGAAGGGCACGCUUUCAAAGAAUGCUCAGAGACUGCUGCCGGUAAAAGCCUCUGUAGAGGUUCAUAAGACCCCGGUGAAGCAAGAAGGGCAAAAAUCUCAAGGAUCUAGACAUAAUCCUAAAGAACAUUCGAAGGACAAACCAACUAGAGCUAAGGGGAGCCGCAGGGAGCCUCAAAAGACAGACAACUCGCUGCUCUCGCGGAUAGAUCCUCAAUGGAAGGCGCCGCCGUUGCAGAGCCGAUAUGCCGAUCCAGAACCUACACAACGUUCCCACCAGGAUAGAUCGAAACCUCAACGGUUACGCGCGCGUGAAAAAGACAAUUCUACGGCCAGGGGCCCACGAAGCAAAAAAACUGCCUCGGAAGACGUUUUGCCAGACCCGUCGCUAAUCCAGAAGAAGAACGCUCAGGAAUUCGAGAAAAAACUCGAACAGUUCAAACUGGGAUCCUCAACCGGCGACUGGGCAGACGACUUUGAGUGGUAUUGA